CCAUGUUAGCUUUAACCCUGUAAAUAGCUGGAAUAAAGCAAAGACUUUUGUGGUUUGGAUAUAGCUGCAGCAAAGCAUUUAUUAAACCACAAGUCCUAAUUCAUAUCUUAAACCUGUGUUACUGAUUCUGCAGCAUGGAAGACAGCAAUGAAAAUAUUGAAUCAACAAGAUUGUUAAAAGACAGGAAUUAUGAUGAUGGAAGCAAAAUCCCUGUCUUCAUAUACUCUGGCAUCAUGAUUUUAGGUGCAGUUAGUACAGGAACGGUGUUGGGUCUCUCAGCUCCUAUGAUACCUCUCAUGCAAAAGGAUAAUUCCAGCAACGCCAUUCAUGUGGGAACUUCAGAAGCUUCAUGGAUUGGUUCCCUGCUGAUGUUGGGAGGUAUGGUAGGUGGUGGCUUUGCUGGAUUAUUUAUGCAACAUUUUGGAAGGAAAGCGACAGCGAUUGUAUCAGGUGUACCCUACAUUGGAGGACUUCUGCUUAUCUCAUUUGCUACAAAUAUUUGGAUGGUAUAUGCUGGGAGGGUGAUAACUGGAAUUGCCAUGGCUUUCACAUCACUUGUGGUCCCUACCUAUGUAAGUGAGAUAUCAACCAAAGGUCUACGUGGGCUGCUUGGUUCAGGAAACCAACUGGGAAUCACAUUUGGUGUAUUUCUGGCUUACGCAGCUGGACAGUUACCAUGGCGUAUGCUGCCACUGUUUCUCGGUUGUGUGCCUGUAGUGUUCGUGUUUGCUUGUCUCUUUAUACCAGAAGCACCUCAGUAUCUCAUCUUGGAUAACAAGCCUAUUGAAGCUGCCAUCUCACUGCAGAAAGUUCGAGGAAAAAAUACCAACAUUCAGCGUGAGUUGGAGGGAAUUCGGGAUAGUUUGAACGCAAACGCUCAAUCUGCAUCCUGGGUUGAAAUAUUCACCACUCCUUCUAUUCGGUGGCCUCUUUUUCUCAGUGUGUUAGCAAUGUUCUUGCAGCAGUUCAGUGGGAUCAACUGCGUCAUGUUUUACUUUCAUACCAUUUUUGAGACUGCUGGUUUCAAGACGGCUACACAGUUGUACAUGGCCUCUUUGCUGGUGUCUGGGAUACAAGUUGUUUUUACUGCCGUGUCGUGCCUGCUUAUUGAUCGAACUGGGCGCCGUGUGCUUCUUGGCUUUAGUGGAGGUGUUAUGGCGUUGAGCAUGGUUGCUUUUGGUUUAUACUUCCAACUUACUUAUGCUGGACACAAAGGAAACCUUAACUGGCUGGCACUGUCCAGCAUGAUGGUUUACAUCGUGGCAUUUUCACUUGGUUUGGGUCCUAUUCCUUGGGUGUUAAUGGCAGAGCUGAUACCUCUUCGUGGAAGAGCCAAAUGUGGGGGUCUAGUCACAACUUUUAACUUGUUCUUUGCAUUUAUAACCACCAAAGAAUUCCAGGACUUAGUUAAAGCUACCUCAAGUCAAGCAACGUUUUGGAUGUUUGGUGGUGUAUGCGCCACCAUUAUCCUAUACGCCGUUUUCCUCUUGCCUGAAACCAAGGGCCGAACGCUUGAAGAGAUCGAACAACAUUUUCAGCGACACGAAAUUUACGAGUCGCUAGACGGCGCAACGAAGCAAGAUAUCGCUCCCGCAACAUAACUUCAAUCAAAAUUUACCCGAAUAACAUUUAAGCGCAUUCAUUCAUACUGCGUAAAUUGAUUGACCAGUUACACCAGUUGUUGCAUAAUGUUUAUUUCGCAUUUGAUAUCUCAGGACAAAAGUGUUAUGUUUUUGUUUUUAACGUUUUUAAAAACCCACUCAAGAGUUGCUGGUAGUACAUACGUGUUUUAUUGCCUGUGAUAUCUCGCUAACUGUGGGGAAGUACGUUAGUGGUGAGAUGACGUACCUGCACUGAUUAAUUUCCUGUUAUUUCAUCACCGGUUGUUUGAUAUUUCUUAAAAUUGUGGCUUUGCUGUUUACUACGCGAGAAAUUAGAUAACAUUGGUUAAACCCGUACGUAAAUUCUAAUAAAAUCACGUCUGUGAUCGAUUAAAAAGGGUAUUUUUUACCGUGUAUGGCUUUUAACCAUUACUUGGUUGUUAUUUUAUUCUCUUCACUAUAAUCUGAAUCCAUUUUUUUGAUUUACAAACACCCUGCAGCGUAUGCACCAUUGUUAUAUGUUAGUAGUGCAAUAAAACAUUCGUUACCUUGACGUAAA